AUGAAAGUGGGAAAUGAAGAGAUCAAUGUUCUUCGAGUUGGCGAACGUUUAACAAAUGCUCCGAUUCCGUAUGAUGCAAAAUUUCCUGCCUUGUUGCCCAAAGACCAUCGAUUCGUCAAGCUGUUUGUAGAGCAUUUGCAUCGAAUUCAUUUGCACGCCGGUCCAAAGGUGUUGUUGGGCAUUUUACGUCAGAAAAUCUGGACAAUCAAUGCCAGAGAAGUAGUUCGAAAGAUUGUUCGAAAUUGCGUGCAUUGUUUUCACUAUAAACCAAAAUUGUUGGGACAAAUAAUGGGAAAUUUGCCAGUUGAUCGUCUUCGAGCUCAACGUCCAUUCUUGGUAACUGGAGUUGACUUUUGUGGCCGUUUCAUGACGUCGUAUAGAAUUCGAGGGAAGUCGCCCUACAAAACAUACAUAGCUGUUUUCGUUUGCUUCAGUUCCAAAGCUACCCAUUUGGAACUCGUCUCAGAUUUGUCAGCAAACAACUUUAUAUUGUGUCUCAAACGGUUCGUGGGAAGACGUGGAAUUCCCCAGAAGCUUUUUUGUGACAACGCAACAAAUUUCGUUGGAGCCUGUAACAAAUUGAAAGAGCUCAAAGAAUCAUUUUUCAAUGAUGAAGUUGUCCAAAAAAUUAAAUCGAUUUGCUGCCAAAUGGGUCUAGAAUUCAAUUUCAUACCUCCGCGCGCCCCACACUUCGGUGGAUUGUGGGAGGCAGCGGUAAAGUCCACAAAAAUGUUGCUCAACAAUAAUUUAACGGAGUCGUAUCUCACAUUCGAAGAGUUACAGACACUGGUAGUGGAAAUCGAAGCAAUAUUGAACUCUCGCCCAAUUGCUCCCAUGUCAGACGAUCCCAACGACGGCGAGGCGUUAACAUCAGGCCAUCUUCUUAUUGGUUCAUCUUUGGUGGCAAUAUCUGAGCAACAUCUUGAUGCGACCAAACCCUCGUUGCUAAAUAGAUGA